GUGGUUGCUUUUACUGUAGGCCUGCAGCCCUCUGUCAGUCCAUGGUGCUGAGUAGGUUGGAAAUUCAGAAGUAAGCCAUGAAGAGAUUUUUUUCUUGAAAAAUGAGAAAGACGAAGACCAUUAAAUUGAGUUAGUUCCAUCCCUGUGUCUUAUUGAAAAUUGAUCAUUGCUGUGAACUAGUCUACAAAUCAAUUUUUAGGGUGAAGACUGAAGAUUACACCGGUGUGAAAAAUGAUGAGAGCUCUGGUGCUGUGUUUGGUUUGUUUUGUGACAUGGCCUGAUUGUACGGUGGCUCAGUUUCCUCGAGUCUGUAGCACGGUGGAGGGGGUCGUUUCCAAACGGUGCUGCCCUGCUCUUGGCUCUGAUCCUGCCAACGUGUGUGGAACUUUAACUGGGAGAGGAAACUGCUCCAACAUCACAGUGGACUCCAAACCCUGGGGUGGACCGUAUCGAAUGAGAAAUCGAGAUGACCGUGAAAGGUGGCCAACGAAAUUUUUUAAUCAAACUUGCAAGUGCUUUGGUAACUUUGGUGGCUUUGACUGUGGCCAGUGCAAAUUUGGCUGGACUGGACCGAACUGUGACGUGCGUAAAGCCCCAGUCGUGAGGAAAAACAUUCACACUCUGACUCCAGCUGAGCUCAAUGAGUUUCUGGAUGUGUUGGACCGAGCCAAGAACACCAUCCACCCAGACUAUGUCAUCGCCACACAGCACUGGCUGGGCCUGCUGGGGCCCAAUGGAACCCAGGCCCAGUUCUCCAACAUCUCAAUAUACAACUUUUUUGUGUGGCAGCACUACUACUCUGUCAGAGACACUGUACUUGCACCUGGACGUCCGUUCAAACACAUUGAUUUCUCCCACAAAGGACCUGCCUUUAUAACCUGGCACAGAUACCACCUCCUCAGUCUGGAGAGAGAUCUGCAGAGACUGACCGGCAAUGAGAACUUUGCUGUUCCAUACUGGAACUUUGCCACGGGACAGACUGAAUGUGAUGUCUGCACAGAUUCUCUACUGGGGGGACGCAACCCAGACGACCCCUCUCUCAUCAGCAACCAGUCCAGAUUCUCCAAUUGGGGGGUGGUGUGUGACAACCUGGAUGAGUAUAACCUCCAGGUCACUCUGUGUAACGGGUCCAGUGAGGGACGUAUAAGGAGAGGUCAGAUGGGAGGACAGAGGACCAACAUGAGUCUGCCCACCAUGAAUGAUGUCAGGAGCUGUCUGAACCUGAGAGACUUUGACAACGCUCCCUACUACACUAACUCCACCUUCAGCUUCAGGAAUUCUCUAGAGGGCUAUGACAAACCAAAUGGAGAAGGUGAGCUUGACUCUUCAGUUAAUAACCUGCACAACCUGGUCCACGCCUUCCUCAAUGGAACCAGUGCCAUGUCUCACUCUGCAGCCAACGACCCCAUCUUUCUGGUGCUCCAUACUUUCACCGAUGCCAUUUUUGAAGAGUGGAUGAAGAGGUCUGUUCCACCAAACUCAAGUUUUCCUGAUGAGAUGGCCCCCAUUGGUCACAACAGACAUUACAACAUGGUGCCAUUCUUCCCUCCAGUGACCAAUGAGGAGAUUUACGUGGCUUCUGAUCAGCUGGGAUAUUCUUAUGCCAUUGCACUGGAUGAAACUGACGUUGAUCCUGUAUUUGCCAUGAGAUCUACUUUGACAGGUAUUUUCUUGGGUCUACUGGCUGUGCUCAUGGGAUUCAUGGUAUACACGCUGUACCGGAGAAGAAAGCGUGGCUUUGAACCCUUACUAAAAUACAAUACAAAGUACACAGACAACUCUUGAUCUUUUCUUGAAGUGAAGCUUAACUAAAACUAACUACAGUGUAACUCUAUGCCUGUAUGCAGUUCAUGUUAUUUUAAUGAAUGAUUGUAUUACGAGGACCUAUUGCAACAUGACUCAGAUAAGUCCUUACUGUAUUUCUUAAACACUGAAUCCCAGGGGUAUAAUAUUAGCACUGUCACACGUCUAUUCAACCAAUCAGAAUCGCUACAAGGGAUGAGAGCACAUGGCCAUUCACAAAUUUGGGAUGAACCUAUAACAAUAUUGCACAUAUACUGAAUCUUUAUAAAUGGUUACUGCUUGUUCUUUUCUGUGCA